UCUCUUUCCAGAAAAUUCACGCCAAAAAAGGAAUAUACAUGUAUUCUCUCUCUCUCUCUCUCUCUCGAUUGAUUUUAUAUUAACCGAUUUGAAAAUUUGAGGUUUAAUCUGCUGUUUUCUCGAGAAAAUUCUCUUUCUCUAUUUUUUUUUUUAGUUUAUUCUUUCAGCAGGGGUGAAGAGUUGAAGUCAGAAAUCAUCUUUUCUGUUUUGUUGCUUUUCGAUUUGAGUUGAUGGCGAGGAUCAAACCACAAGCUCUGCUACAACAAAGCAAAAAGAAGAAAGGGCCAGCUCGAAUCAGUGUUACAACAAUUAUACUCUAUAGUUUGAUUGUAGUUGUGACUGUGUUUUUUCUCUAUGCUACGUACAGACAUUGGUCUCAAAGGUCAAGAACUCAAGUUGAGAACAGGCAAUCAGUUUUUAAGGGUGACACUGACAGCUCUUUCAUGGAUUCGAAGAAAUCUGAUCUCCCUGGAUAUGCUAUUUUAGAUACUGCAAAAGGCUCUAUAACUGUGGAGCUCUUCAAGGACAGUUCUCCUGAGGUUGUUGAUCAAUUCCUUGAUUUAUGUCACAGAGGGCACUUCAAUGGAAUGCUUUUUCGCCAUGUGAUAAAGCACUAUGUUAUUCAAGCUGGGGAUAGUGACAAGCUGGAAGCAGCCGAGGACUGGACUUUGAAAGGAAAGCAUUACAGCCAACUUGAUACCAGUUUGAAGCAUGAAGCAUUCAUGCUUGGAACUUCUAAGAAGAAGCGUGAUAAUGGAGCAUUUGAGCUUUUCAUCACAACUGCACCAAUUCCAGAUCUAAAUGAGAAGCUUAUUGUGUUUGGGAAGGUCGUUAAGGGAGAGGAUAUUGUUCAGGAAAUCGAAGAAGUGGAUACAGAUGAGCAUUAUAGGCCUAAAUCUUCAAUAGCGAUCCGCAGUGUGACUCUGAAACAAAGCGUCUAAAAUCAAACACAAGCAAAGAAGUUUUUCACCACUGUCAUUCCAAACAUAGUUUCAGCGCCAUCAGUAAAAAUGGGUCAGAAGAAAUAUAGUGCAUUCCUUCUUGUACUUUAUAUCUUAUUGUGGCUGGCAUUACUCAAGGUCCAUUGGCCAGGCUUCUUCGAAAUUAGUGUGGUUACACUUUUGGUUUUCCUUUUUCAGCUAUCAUACUAUAUUGUUUUCAUUUCUUCUCUUGGAAUUUGUUUGUCUGUUUUAAUAUGCUAAUGGACAUUGUAUUUGUACUCUAGUAUAAUCAGGUGGAUAAGAGGCAACUUACAAGUCCA